CCCCCUCUCUCUCUCUCUCUCUCUCUCUAAGUCUCUAUCCGAAGCCCGUCGCCAUGUCCUCCGCUCCGCAGGCGCCGGCGCCGGCGCCGGCGCCGGCGAUGCUGACGAGGGACGAGCUCCUCCGCCUCUUCUCCCGCUUCCACUCCCUCACCUCCCAGCCCGAUGUGAAGAAGCGUAUCGCCGACGCCGUCAAGGACAAGCAGGAAGCAGUUGCUGUAACCACGGCCAUUCAAGAGGAAAUCUUUCAUGAGAUGGGUAUUGAUCCCAGAUUUGGCAUUGCUUGCUUGGGAAAGGUGAACGCAGUUUAUGAGAAUGACAUGGAUCUAAUGAUCCAAUUUUACCGAUUUGUUGCCAAAGAAGAGAUGGCCAUUGAUGAGGCCGAGCUCGAACCAGAUGAGUUUGAAGAUAAAAUGAAUGCUCAACAAAAGUUGCAAGAGCAGCAACUGGAGAUGUUGAAACAAAUGCGGAAGUAUCGGCCAGAUGAACAACGUGCAGUCUUUGACAUUCUGCACAAACUGUUGGAAGAAUCUAAUUUUGAGAGCCCUGCAGUGAUUCUCACACCUGAACAGAUUCAAGAGAUUGUUAGAAGAAGACGAGCAUCAUCUCCCGACGCAUCCAAAUGAAUGCCUUUUCAGGCUUCCUUCCUCAUCCAUGUUAGUUGCAUAACCGCGAUUACUUAAGUGUUAAAGGUUGGUUUUGGUUGACCCAACUGUAUCUGGGUGCCGCUUAGCACUUCAAUGUUGUAAGAGCAUACCAUCUUAGCUUCCAUUGUUGUAAUACUGCUACUUCUUCGUCUCAGUUUGUUCCUUAUAAACAAGUGUUGAAUAGAAGCCAAAUUAAAUCUAUUUUGUUUUUCAAA